AUGGCUAUGCUGGAAUCAGCGGAGAACCAGAUCGCGGGUCUGUGGGGGCUUGCUUCACCAACGACGGCAACGCCCAGCUCCACCCCACUGGCUCCCAGGGCCAGCACCGGGACGGUGAAGCCUGUCAAAUUUCGGAAACAGGAGAAGGGCGUGGGCAAAGGCCAGCUGUCAGGGCGAAAGCGCCAAGAGCCUCCAGAAGACGAGGAGACAGAGGACCAGGUCCUGGUCUCGAGAACAGAGCUGAAAACCAUCCGCGCUCUGCUGGUGAGGCACGAUCAGGCGCUCAAUCAUCUGGCGGUAGACCGCACCUACGUGCUUUUCUUCUCGACCACGGAGAUGUCGACUUUGGCCAUGCUGCGCACGGUGACGAAUCACUGGCGGGAGCAGUACGAACAGGGCAAGUGCACGACCACACUCCGGGCGACGUUGCUCACGAGUCUGUGGAUGGAAAUGGAGGCCAGGCUGACCAAAUUCGAGAAGGAUGCGGCAGCCAUGAAG